GCCAGCGACUUCGGCGCACCAACUCUUUGGGUUUUCCUUAGUCACAAAUGGGUGUCAUCUUGAAUCCCUCUCGGGGGAGCAGGUCGACACAAUCAUCAACUCGGAGGAUAGUCUACACUGGCCCAUAAAGUGCUCGGCAUCAUCAAGAACAUCUCAGCAGAGAAAGCCUCUUUAUUUUUUUCAACACAUUGGGAGAUUGCUCAGAGUGGGGAGGCAUGUCCUGAAGCCAUAUGUUCUCGGAACAAGGGCUUCUCGGGUAGUUGGCCUCAACUAUAGUUCUUGGCAUCACCAACUAUACUGCCUCUGGACCAAAUGCCUUCCUGGGUCUCCUCUCUUGAAUGCCCAUUCGUACCUAGCACUCCUUCGGCUUCGGCAUCUGUUAAAAUGGAAUUCUCAUAAUCUCAGAGAGCGCGAUAUACUCGAGCAAGGGAACAUGGCGUUACCCAGAUCUUUGGCAUUCAAAAAUUUGAACUUGCCUAGAAUUGUUUCAGUUUAUGUUGAAGCUAAAUACAUCACAAAUGGGUCUUCUUUCGCUCCGACAAAGGAAAUGAUAACAGCCAACUUUCAUGAGGUGCUCGACGAGCUUCUCCAAGGGCUCCAAUGA